AUGAAAUAUAUAAGAAUAAUAAUUGAUAUCUGUCUGCCUGCUCAUCUGUUUCUCCAAUUUCAGAAAAAAAGCCGGGAAGAGACGUGUGGCGAAGGCAGUGGCGUGGAGAUUUUGGAAAACCAGCCCUAUAUCGAUGGCCCAGGUGGUGAUGGGCAGUACACCCACAAAGUGUACCAUAUUGGUAUGCAUAUCCCCAGCUGGUUCCGGUCGAUACUCCCAAAGGCGGCUCUCCGAGUCGAAGAGGAAUCCUGGAAUGCAUAUCCUUAUACCAGGACGAGGUACACCUGCCCAUUUGUGGAGAAAUUCUCCAUCGAUAUCGAAACCUAUUAUAUACCUGACUCAGGAGAGCAAGCCAACGUGUUCAACCUUUCCCCCGCGGAGAAGAGACACACUGUUCUGGAUCCUAUCGAUAUUGUGAAGGAUCCCGUCCCGCCCCACGAAUACAAAUCGGAGGAGGACCCCAGGGUCUUCAAAUCCGCCAAAACAUCCAGGGGUCCUCUGGGAGAAGACUGGAUCCAGGAGCACAAAGACAAUCCCGGCGGGUGUCCCAUCAUGUGUGCCUAUAAACUCUGCAAAGUGGAGUUCCGUUACUGGGGGAUGCAGUCAAAAAUCGAGCGCUUCAUCCACGACGUUGGUUUACGGAAAGUCAUGGUAAGGGCUCAUCGGCAGGCCUGGUGUUGGCAGGACGAAUGGUACGGACUCACCAUAGAGGACAUCCGGCAGCUGGAGAAGGAGGUGCAGCUGAUGUUGGCUCAGAAGAUGGCCCAGUUCAGCAUCAACGAGCCCGAUCUAGAACCCCACCUUCCUCAAGACCCCCUGAACGAGCGCAAUGUGGAAUCCAAGGCCAUAGCGCCAUCCACCGAGGGGGUGGAUGCCGCCAGCAAUACGGACGAGCCUUUGCCGAGGCGAGUGCUGACCAAGCAGUGGUCGACGUCUUCCAAAUCCUCUUCCAAAAGAGGAGCAAGCCCCUCGCACCACAACAUCUCCGAGUGGAGGAUGCAAAGCAUUGCCCGCGACUCGGAGGAGAGCUCCGACGAGGAAUUCUUCGAUGCACACGAGGCUAUCUCUGAGAACGAAGAGGUCUUCCCGAAAGAGAUUACAAAAUGGAGUUCCAACGAUCUCAUGGAUAAGAUUGAAACGGCAGAAGCAGAUGAAGUCCCAGAUGACCCAAAUCUUGAAUCAGCUGUGGGAUACCAUGUCGGAUGCAGCGUGGAAAGACUAAGCAUUAUUGAGGAUGAAGCCGUCCCACCGCUGGCCCAGCCCAGCGACAUCCAUGUCCUCCUUUUGGUCCUCCACGGGGGCAACAUCCUGGAUACAGGAAGCGGGGAGCAGAGUUCCAAGCAAGGGGACGUCAACACCAUCGCCACCGCCUUCGAGACGGUCAUCCGGGUCCAUUAUCCGGCCACCCUUGGCCGGAUCGCCAUCAAACUGGUCCCUUGUCCGGCCAUCUGCUCGGAAGCGUUUUCUCUGGUCUCCAACCUCAGCCCAUACAGCUAUGACGAAGGCUGCCUCUGCAGUAGCCAGGACCACAUCCCACUCGCCGCGCUUCCCCUCCUCGCCACCUCCUCCACGCAGUACCAAGAGGCGGUGGCCACCGUCAUCCUGAGAGCCAACCAGGUGUACAGCGACUUCAUCAAGUCCCAGGAAGGUGCCUCCUUCAACGGCCAGGUGUGCCUGAUCGGGGACUGCGUGGGGGGGAUCCUGGCCUUCGAUGCACUUUGUUCCAGCAACCAGACCAUACUAGAGAGUCAGAACAGUAGCCGGCGGGGGAGCGUCAUCAGCGUGCAGGACACGGACCUCCUGUCUCCCGGCAUCCUGGUCAACAACAGCUACUGCUCGGAAAGCUGUGGGCUGGAAGGCAGCCAGUACCUCAGCCGGAGCACGGCGGACCUGCCCCGCAGCAACGAGGAGGAGCCCUCGAAGCAGCAGCUGCUGCGGAAAAGGAGCGAUUCGUCCACCUUCGAGCUGGACACCCUGAAGCAGCACCAGGCGUUCCUAUCCAGUUUACAUUCUAGUGCUCUGAAGAACUUUCCGGGAUCGCGGCGAUCCAGUAGCUCCACCCAAUUGGACGGUGGGAAUCUUGGAAAGUUUGAGUUUGAGAUCACCGACUUCUUCCUCUUUGGCUGUCCGCUGGGGCUGGUCCUCGCCUUACGAAAAACCAUCAUACCAACUCUUGACAUCUUCCAGUUGAGACCAGCCUGCCAACAGGUCUACAACCUCUUCCACCCGGCUGAUCCUUCGGCCUCUCGCUUGGAGCCUCUUCUAGAGAAGAAUUUCCACAUUUUACCUCCCUUCAACGUCCCACGUUACCAGCGAUUCCCUCUUGGGGAUGGCAAUUCAGCCCUUCUGGUGGAAACGGUCCAGAACAAUCCUGCCCUCCUCGUUGAAAGCAACUUUACCGUUGCUCUUCAGAACCAGGACAACUUCAUGGAAACCAGUAUCCCCGUCCCCACCUUGAACUGGCAAGACGUUUCCAAUAAAAAUUCUGGAUUUGCUAAGUCAGAUGUUGUUCAGUCUCAUGGUGGCGUCUUGGUGGUGGAAAACACCUCCCCGUCUGCUCCUGUUUCCGCCCCCCAGUUCAGGGCCUUCCGAAGAGCCAGUGAAGUGAGCACUGUCAGCCAGGUGUCCGGAAUGACAGACAGUUACACGGCUUCCAACAUAGCUAACAAGAAAAAACACCACCUCAACCACUCUAGAGGGUUUAGCCUCCUGGCCCUCCUAGCACUGCCCCACAAACCCCACAUCCAGUCCUUCCCCCAGAGGACUGGGGGGCUCAAGGCCAAAAGUCCCCCGAAUCUAUUAGGACGAAGGUUUGAGAGCACCCUCCGCGGGGAAACGGAGAACGUCCGUCUGAUUCCAGAUCUUGACGUCUACGAAGUUGCAGCCAAGUGGUGGGGGACCAAAAGGAUUGACUAUGCUCUCUACUGCCCCGAUGCGCUGACCGCCUUCCCCACAGUUGCCUUACCCCACCUCUUUCACGCCAGUUACUGGGAAUCCACAGACGUGGUCUCCUUCCUCCUCCGACAGGUGAUGCGUCACGAAAACGGCAGCAUUCUUGAAGUGGAUGGGAAAGAGGUGUCCGUCUUCACGCCCUCCAAGCCCAGGGAGAAAUGGAUCCGGAAACGGACUCAUGUCAAGCUGCGGAAUGUCACCGCCAAUCACCGGAUCAACGACGCCGUAGCCAACGAGGAACGUCCCCAGGUGUUGAACGGGAGGUUCAUGUACGGCCCCUUGGACAUGGUGACGCUCACGGGGGAGAAGGUGGACAUUCACAUCAUGACUCAGCCCCCCUCAGGAGAAUGGGUUUACUUCGACACGGAGGUCACCAACAGCAGCGGACGGAUCUCCUACACGAUUCCCGAGCAGAGACGGCUGGGGAUCGGGGUGUAUCCUGUCAAAAUGGUGGUGAGGGGUGAUCACACAUAUGCAGAUAGCUACAUCACCGUUUUACCGCGGGGGACCGAAUUUGUGGUCUUCAGCAUCGACGGCUCCUUCGCGGCCAGCGUCUCCAUCAUGGGCAGCGACCCCAAAGUCAGGGCUGGAGCAGUUGACGUCGUACGGCAUUGGCAAGAGCUUGGCUACCUCAUUAUCUACGUCACGGGCCGGCCCGACAUGCAGAAGCAGAGAGUGGUCGCCUGGUUGGCACAGCACAACUUCCCCCACGGGAUUGUCUCCUUCUGCGAUGGGCUGGUUCACGAUCCCUUGAGGCACAAGGCCAACUUCUUGAAAUCGCUAGUCACAGACCUGGACAUGAAGAUCCAUGCGGCCUAUGGCUCCACCAAGGAUGUCUCCGUCUACACGUCCAUCAACCUGUCCCCUCCACAGAUCUACAUUGUCGGAAGGUCUACCAAAAAGUUACAGAACCAAUGCCAAUUCAUCACGGAAGGCUACGCGUCUCAUCUGGCCCAGCUGGAGUACACCCACCGCUCCCGGCCUGCCAAGAACACCACGCGGAUGGCUCUCCGGAAGGGCAGCUUCGGACUCCCCAGCCAAACCGAAUUCCUGCGCAAGAGGAACCACCUGUUGCGAACCAUCUCCUCCCAGCCCGCUGUCUCCGCCGGCCAGAGUGCCAGUUACCGUCCGGAGAGGACGCAAAGCCACUCCGAAAGUAGCCGGGAAAGGGACCGAGAACGCAGCCAGAGGAGCAUGAGUCUCGCCACGGGCUGCUGGGGCCGAAGCCCGCUCCCAAGACUUGAACCGGGGAACUUGGGUCAGAAGUAGAGGCAUCCGAGGCGCGAUGAUGGCCGGCUGCACAUGCCCGGGUGGCGGAAGCGGGAGCCCGCGGCAAGGUCAGCGGCGUGGGGCUCGUGUGCAAAUAUGGUGCUACUCAUUGCUGGUGGGGUGGCGGUGACCUGGCCAGGAGCUAUCGAGCGAUUUGGGUUUGCUUUGCCCCUCCCCCACACAAAACACGCAGGCCUGGACAGUGGCAGGGAUGUUGGGUACGUGGAGCGCAACCGGGCAGGCCGAGAACAGGAGCCGCCUUCUGCCACCGAGACUUCAAGCUGCCUCAUCUUCAAGAUCCACCGUUUUCCAGCUCUUAUCCAGGGUUAGAGAUUGUAAAUAAUGUGCCUCUUCAGCUUCUUCUCGUCCAGCCAUCCGUCAAAGACGAGAAGACACAGCAUCAAACACACUGGUACCAUUGGGAGCAGCAGCAGCAGCACCACCACAGGUUGUGGGUAGGAGAACCACGCGUUCAUGUUAGCCGGCCCUGGGACCUGGACACGAGGAAGGGGACACCGCCAAUUAUCACAGCUUGACAAUCGCAAUGCCACUUGAUUCACUUCCGGAGUCUGGAAGGACUCGGGACCUACAAGCGGAAGCCACAGCUUCAGGGUCGAGUCAGGUUUGGAACGGCUUCCACUCGGCGACGUAACGCUACGUUGUGUGACGCACACACCAUUGGAUAGGUGGUUGAUCAAGGCUGGUUCGAAUGAAAAUGAGUUUGGAAGUUGAUGGGAUUUCACGAAUUCGGGGGGUGGGGGGAGAAAAGAGUGUUAACAGGCACAAGAUUGGGUCCCUACAAAGAGGGAAAGGAGCACGAUUUUGGCACGACCUACCGUACGAUUCCGAGCACCUGGGACGUGCGACCUUUGCUCAGCCUAAAACCGAAAAUAAAAAAAGAAAGCUACGUCCAAAUUCUUCCCAGCCCUUUUCAGAUUAUUGUUAUUGUUGUUAUUUAUUUAUUUAUCCCUUCUCCCCCCCCCCGCCCGCCCGCCUGCUGUUAAGACUGGAAUUGUUUUCUCGUUUUUCCAACAUUACAAAAACUGGCUUUCGGUGGAAGUUGUAACCUCGUUUUUCUUUUUAAGCUGUAGCGACGUCGCACUGGCAUGCCUUGGUUUUUAGGUUUUGCACUGACAAAACUUUGAGGAAGAAAGUCUGGGGUUUUUUUGUUUUUGUUUUUCUUCCCCUCAAGCGGCUCCUUCCAGAUUGGAUAGCGUGUGACCUUUAAAUGUUGUUAAGCCACGACACGUCUGUCCGUUCCUAGAAAACACACAACACGGCAGGCUGAACGAAGGGAGAGAUUUUCCCCAAGGCCAUUCACCCUUUCGAUAUAUCAGGAAGAUUUUUUUAAAAGAACGUUCAAAUUUGCCCCCUUGAGGACAUGUCAAUCUGACGGGGGAAGAUUAGGAGAGGAGAAUUUGAUGCUGGAAAAAGAUAGAAUCUCUGAGCAGGAGUGGGUUUAUAAUACAGGGAGGUCCUCGGCUUAAAACCUGUUCGAAAUUACGACGGCACUGAAAAAAAAAGGGACGUAUGACUGUUUUUGCGUACUUAACGAACCGUCGUCUGGUGAUCAAAAUUCACCCCCGUUGUGGCCGCUGGUUCGUAUUUACGACGGUUGCAGUGUCCCGGGGUUACGGGAUCCCCUGGUCAGCAAAGCCCAAUUUGCUUAACAACCAUCGGACUUGCAAUGACGGUGACUCCCUUAACAAUGGCGGCCAGAAAGGCUGCGAAAACGGGGCAAGAGUUCUCUUAACCGCUGUCCCGCUUAGCAAUGGAAAUCUGGUGGGGGGGAGGGGUCGAUUGCGGUCGUAAAUUGAGGACCACCUGUAUUUUCCUCCUGCUUCUCUGCUCGUUUACCUGGCCUGAAGAGGUUUCAAAGCUUGUUUGGGGGGAAGAGAGAGGGCUGUUCACCCUCCUCUCUCUCUCCUCUGUUUGAAAUCCAGAUUUUUCUAGCUGCCGCCAAGGGGCAUUUUAGCCUUUCACUGGCCUUGUCUUCUACUGGCCUGCAAUGCUGCUACUUUUUAAAUAUUUACUCAGAGGUUUCUCCUCGUUCUCCUCCUACCGCUUGGAUCACUCUUUUAUCUCGCAGGGACAACGCCCAUCUUUUCUUCCUCCCCCCCCCACCCUCCAGAGCGAUGGACGUCCAAACUCCAAAAACUUUUGCACUGCCUUUUUCCGACCACCGCAAAGCUUCGGGGGUUGUUAUUAUUAUUUUUUCAAAUGAACAAAUGCUCUUUUUUUAUAGUCUUAUAAUCUAUUAUAUACACCUCCUCCUGGCAUCCGUUUCUCUCCCUUUGAAAAGU